AUGAUUGAACGUUUUAAUGCGACAUUCGUUCCUCAAAUUGUUAAACUUCAAGAUCUAGAAAAUAACAAUUGUGAUGAAUUCUUAUCACCAGUGAUAUUUGCUUACAACAUUGGCAUCCAUGCAACGACUAAUUAUUCACCAUUUCAACUAAAGUUUGGUCGAGAACCACGUUUACCUACUGAUAAACCUUCUUCAUCAUUUACUUUCAAUAAACCAAAUGAUUAUUAUGUACAAUUGAAAAAAAAUCUGUUGAUAAUACAACAACACGCACAUGAUAAUAUUAUUCGUCGACAGCGACAAUACAAGAUUAAUUAUGAUAAACAACGUCCAGGUCCACAUUAUGAAAUCAAUGAUCCACUACUGAUUAAAAUUCAUGGAAUAAAGAAAAAAUUAGAACCAAAAUAUUCGAUUACACCAAAAAUAAUUAUUAGGAAACAACAUCCAAUUUAUUGGUUCAUCAUUACAAUGUCAGAUAAAUUUAUUCCAUAUCAUUUAUGUGAUAUUAACAAUCCUCCAGCUCAUCUUGAUGACAAUCAAAAAUCGAAUUGGACACGUGCUGCAAAAAAAGGCGAAGAAAAAUUAUCAAUAUCAACAACAAUAUCCAGCAUUUGA